UCGUUUGCGUGGGAACAGCCGUUAAACUAACGUAGAUAUUAAUUUUUAACAGUUAUUUACUGCAACAACGACUUCAAUUAGGAUGCUUUAUUUUUUAUUUUUUGCACCUCAUGCCCGCAUAAGGCGCCACGAACAACAAAGGGGGGAUGAAAUGGGCGGAGCCACAGUUUUCUCUACGCUAGCAACCUGAGGCAAAAUAUUCAUUAUUGCUGCUGAGGAAAUCUGCCUUCCCCACUCAUGACUUUCUGCUGUGAACAUUUGAUUGGUGUGCCUCAAAAUCUGUGAUGGAAAAUCGUGAUGAUGAAGGUGAGCAGCACCACAGCACCACGGUGGGAGAGGCGGGCAGCACGGGAGACAGCACUCCUCCCCCGAAACGCAAGGGCAAGUUCUCUAGUCUCGGCAAGAUCUUCAAACCAUGGAAGUGGCGAAAGAAGAAAAGCAGCGAGAAAUUCAAGGAAGCGUCAGAAGAACUGGAGAGAAGGAUGUCGAUGAGGCGUACCCGGCAAGAGCUUAUAGAACAAGGAGUUCUGAAAGAAGUUCCAGACAACGAUCCAGAGGGAGCGGCGCAAAGCCUGAAGCAUCCCUACGUGAAAAACGGCCACACGCUGCCCAUGAGCGGAGUAGGUGGGGUCAGUGCUGCAAGGAGCGGCCAGGGCAGAGCGUCCUCUGAAUCAGAGUUCAGGAUAAACCCGACUUGGCUCGCUCAUUCGGACGACCGCAGAGGCCGACCUCCCUCGGACGGAGAACGGCGAAGGGUUCCGAGCUCAAGGGGUUCCGGACCCCCGGAAGAAGGGCAGAGAGGGAGCGGGAUGGCGGCGCCCUACGGACACCUUGAGACCGAGUGGAAGCCCAACACAUCGUGGCACGGGCAGAUUCCCAAUCAGAUCGACGAAGGCCGACCUGGAGGCCAGUUUUACCCUGAAGAUGGACAGAGGAGGGCCGGACUCCAGAAAGCCCCCUCAGAGGACGGCAGGAGGAGUCGACCGACCGAUGUGGACUGGAAACCGACACUCCCCCGACACGCUUCUGCUGAAGAAGGAAGGACCCGGAGAGAGUCAGACAGCCAUUUUGUCCCUGACCCCGAAGCACUAAAAGACACCCUCCGCGAACCUCUGCCACCUAAACCUUCCGUCAUGCCUCCAAAAUGGUUGAUAAGCUCGACGCCCGAACCCGGCAGCGAGGGGCCAGCUCACACCCAGUCCAACCACGCCUCGGCCCAGUACUCGUCUAUCUCUGCCGCCUCGAGUACCGCACCGAGGCCUACGAGAAACGUCUCCUCUGCGGGCGCGACCGCGCAGCAGCAGUCUUCGUCCGCUGCCUCGUCGUCCGUCACUCAGGCCGCCAAGCAGCCGCCCCUGCCUCCCCCCAAACCGGUGAACAGGGGCAACACCGGCAUGCUAGGAGACCUCGCCCAAGCUGCCGGCGGUGCCAGUCUCGUCCCAGCGAAGCCAUCCCCGCCGAUGCCUCCAAAGAGAACCACCCCGGUCACCAGACGCAACACCGAGGACUCCUCUUCAAACCAAGCCGUCGUCACGCCGCUUUCUGUUGAGGACCACGGCUCUGUGAGCUUCCAGCUGCCGCCUCCUCCGGCAUCCCCUCCGCUUCCGUCGCACAUACCUCCUUCUCCACCCCGACAACAAAUGCACCCUCACCACCUCCACCAUCAGCACUCUUACCCGCACCCUCUGCCCCAAGCCAUACCGAUCUUGUUCGAUCCCCCGAGCCCCGUCAGUGAGUCUCCCCAGCGCCCGGCCCCCGUUCCACUACACAUCAUGAUCCAGCGAGCGCUGUCCAGCCCCGGCCCCAUUCAACCCAACCCGGACGGCUCACAACGCGCUCACACAUUGCUCUUUGAAACGCCUCCAGACUACCAAGCGGAUCGAGGUCGCCCCCUUCCUGUCAGCAUCCAACCACUAAAACUAUCUGAAGAUGACUACUCUGAAGAAGAGGAGGAGGAGGAGGAAGAAGAGGAGGAUGAUGACGACGAUGAAGAAGAGGAGGAGUACGAUGGCGAGAUACCCCAGCCAAAGCUAGAGCCACGGAGUCGCCGCGGCCUGGUCGUCGAUGCUGGAGUUUGCGUCCUUCCCAGUGGGGAAAACAGCGAGGAGGAAGAGGAGGAGGAGCGUGAUGACGAGGACGAAGAGCACGGCAUGUGUAGAGAAGAUAGCGACUCAGAUGGUCCUGUGCCUUUUAAAGAGGAGGAGUCAGAUGAGGAUGAAGAUGAAGAGCCCCCACUGAGCGCCCUGGCCAGCAAAGUGAAGAGGAAAGACACCCUGGCUCUGAAGCUCAGCAGCCGUCCCUCACAGGAGCGGAGCGCCAGGGAUGACCAGCCGCCGGGACAGACGGGCCUCACCUGGCAGAGCAGAGAGCAGUGGGAGGCCAUUCGCACGCAGAUCGGCACCGCGCUCACAAGGCGUCUUAGCCAGAGACCCACUGCUGAGGAGCUUGAACAAAGGAACAUCCUUCAGCCCAAAAAUCAGGCUGACAGACAAGCAGAAGUGAGAGAGAUCAAGCGAAGGCUGACCAGAAAACUGAGUCAAAGACCAACAGUAGCAGAACUACAGGCCAGAAAAAUUUUACGAUUCCACGAGUACGUGGAAGUCACAGACGCCCAAGACUACGACCGUAGGGCAGACAAGCCCUGGACCAAGCUGACCCCCGCUGAUAAGGCGGCCAUCCGGAAAGAGCUUAAUGACUAUAAAAGCACUGAAAUGGAGGUUCACGAGGAGAGCAAAAUCUAUACAAGGUAUCACCGGCCUUAGCGUCCCCUCUUCAGCCGGUGACAAAAGCACUUCGUCUCCGUGGCAAGCAGCUGCUGACUAUGCAGACAGAUCGGCCCUCGUUCUCAUUUUCCUGAAUGUACUGUACGAUUUUUAUCAGGGACAGCCUGGAACUCACUCUCGAGACAAGAACGCUUCUCGCUUCCCCUCCAUCACCCUGACAGAAAUGUUUUGAACAAAGGUGGUGGCGGCGCCGGUGGGAGAAGAUGCAGUAUUUAUCCCAGACAGCAGCGGGGAACAACGUGCCAAACAAAUGGAGACAUUUGCAAAGGGACUGACUGUGCAGGGAUUCGAACCCCCCUCUGCUGUAAUGUGGGACCUGGAUCUACCGUAGUUAAUACCUUUAAUGCGGCCUCAUUCUAUGUUGCCUUUUUCUUCUUUACUGUAUAUGGAAACGCUUACUCGUUCAUCUUGUUAAUGUGAGAGCAUAAAAGUAAUAAUAGCUAACAAAAAAAAAAAACGGUAAUUUCUAGAGCCCCGCGCAACGAUAAUAGACACACGUGGAUAUAACUUUUGUGGACUGGAGGACGAAGACUGGGAUAUUAUUAUUAUUAUUUUUUUUUUUUUUUAGGAUUGGACAUCUCUGGGAUAUUGUUUUUAUAUUAACUGUACAGAUUGCUAUUAUAUUAUCUUAGAAUGAAAUGAUUAAAUAUCUAAUUGCAAAACGUGUCAUGCACAAGAUAUUUUAUAUGAUAAUUUUGAUCACACGAGUAGUAGCGGCUUUUUGUUUUUUGGGAGAUUUCUUUGGCUUGCCUGUAUUUAUCGUCGUGUUGUGCGGUGGCCAUUUAAGCUUUGACUUUUUAGAGAUAGAAGAGGAAGUGCAGGUCAGAAUGUGGGGAUUAUAUUUGUUUUUGUUUAUUUUUUUUUUUUUUGUGCCAAUGUACCUAAUGCCUACAACAAUAUGGGAUAUUGGUAUUCCGUGACUAUUUCUGAAAUCUACUGCAUGAGCCAACGAGGAUCCUUCACAUCGGACCUGGUCAAUCUCUUCAUUUCUACUUUUCUAUGAGUUUUUGUACUUCUCUUUAAUCUUUAUUCACACGCGCAACGCAAUUCCUGUAGCCAUUUUGUACACGAUCAUGCCGGCGUCGGCGACCAAGAAUACAAUGCAGGUUGCUGCGCGAGAUCAGGGGGUUUAUCAAAAAUAAUAAUAAUCUCAACGUAUGAACGGUCAACAGGGGAUCAUUUUGGCUGGAACCUUUUAUCUGCAAGUCUUUUAUUUUGUAGUAUUGUCUGGCCAGUAGCUUACAGGGUUCUCAAUGCUGCGCACAGGUGGAUUAUAGAGUAGGCCUCAUUGAUGCUUGUGUAUAUCUUGUCUUCCUUUCAUUUGAAAAGAAAUUUUAAAUAAAAAGUAUUAUAGGUUGCUAUCUUUCAGCACGAGAAUCCUAGUUUAUGAUUUAAGUGCGACAAGAAUGGGAAUAAAUAUGUACUCUGUAAAGCUAAGUUCAUUUUUAAUUGAAUGUGAAGAUGUAUGGACUGAUAAUGUUUUAAUUGUACAUAGCGACAUCUGGAUCUAAUUAAAAAUCUAUAGCUCGAA